AACGAGAUCACGAGGGAAGCUGAGAAGGAAAGAGAGACGGCGGCGAGAGGGAGGGAGAGGGACGGAUUCCGCACCAGACCCCUCCUUCUCCUACCCUGUGCGACGAAGAGAGAAGCAGUCUGUCUUCGAGGAGGAGGGGGGGUUUCUUGUUGUCAGCGGGAGGGGCUCCUGUGCGUCUCUCCAGGUGCCUGGCUCCUUCUAUGUACGAUUCCCGUAAUCUCUUCCUGUUGUAUUGAAUUAUCCGUUUUCUUCUGAUUGUUUGAAGUCCAAGAUCACUGUUUUCGGUGGUGGGAUGUCAGAAAGUGUUUUUUUUCCCCCGAAAUCUUAGAUGUUUAUUUAAAUAUUGCAAAAAAGGAGGGACUUUGAUGUGAUUUCUUCGUCGCUGGGGAAAAUAAUUGUGGCGGUUUUGCGUCUUUGCGUCCGAUGGGACCCUGGUCUCGUUGCCUUUUCCUGAUAAAUUUUGGUUCUUGGAUUGUUCUCCGUCCCCCCCUUCCCCUCCCAUUUUCCAAAUUAUCGGAUUUGUGAAAGGGCUAGCAGAGGUGGGAAUUUCUUCUUACCCUCCGAGUGGUGCUCUAUUUUUUGUCUGAUUAUGGAUUGAUCUGGUGGAGACGGUCGUAGGAGUUCUCCCCUUUGAGGGGUUUGGUCGAAAUGGGCGCCCAAUCUGGGCUUGGAUUGUCUCGUUGAUGUGGAUCCGAAGGCCGUCCUUAGAUGUGCUUAAAGGUGUUCUUGGAUCCGUGUUCCGCUCUCCCCGGCUUUGUCUCAAUCUGGGGUUUCUGCCGCGGCUCUGCGUCCGGAAUUUGAUUGGCUUCGGCUCGGAUUUCCGGGGUACAAUGGAGGAGAGCAGCUCUUGGGUGAGGGGGGCCAAGUUCUCGCAUGCCGUCUGCCACUGGUUGGAUUCUUCUCGGCUGCCGGCGAUCCCGCUUUCCAACCAGGCUGAUCGUGAUGUGCAGUUGAAGAUGAAUAGCUCGACUUUGGAUCUUUGUACAUUGGCAUCAGUUUCUUCAGCGACCGAUCGACUGAAUCAGAAGGACUCGAUCUGGCAUUCUUCUAGCACGCCGUCGUUUCCUUUGCCGUCGCGGCCCGACAGCAAUCGUGGAUCCAAGCCAGGGAGGUCAAGUUUAGAGAAUUCUAGCUUUUCUUUUCAUGGUGAUCAAGAUUCUAAAUGGAAACCGAAGAGUUGGAGUUUACAGUCUUCCAGUUCUUCCUCCGAUCAAGAUCCUAAAUUGAAGCUGAAAAGUUCCAACUCUUGCGAGGCCUUGGACUCUUCUUCGAUAAGGUUCCAAUUAGGUUCUGUUUCUCAUAAAUCAGAGUCACUAUCAGAUGAUGCAUGGAAAUCCAAACCCAAGCAGAGGUCUUUGUCUCCACUUCCAGCUACCAUCCUUUCUGAUGCCUUCAAAGAAGGUAGGGCUAGUGGGAGGAGAUUCUCAACCCCACCACCUAGCAGGAAGGGAUCAGAUAAUAGCGUCUUUAGCAAAUUGUUCUCCAGAGAAGCCCGUGAUCAUAAUGCUCUCAAAUCAAAAUCACCUCCCUUCAGUCCCCCUCUCGAGCACUUGUCCUCUAUGAAAGCCUUGGAUAAGCAUAAGAGUAAGGAGAGUCCCUGGGCGAGAUAUAUGGACCAUGGUGGAGGGAGGGUUAAUGCUGUGGAGACCACCGAUGAGUGGAUGGUUGAUCUUUCCCAGCUGUACCUGGGGCUUAGAUUUGCUUCAGGAGCUCAUAGUCGGUUGUAUCAUGGUAUUUAUAAGGAUCAGCCUGUUGCUGUGAAAAUUAUUAGGCAACCUGAUGAUGAUGAAAAUGGAGUCAUGGCUGCCCGACUGGAGAAACAGUUCACUAGAGAAGUCACCCUUCUGUCUCAUCUCCAUCACCGAAAUGUAAUUAAGAUGGCAGCAGCAUGCAAAAAACCACCAGUCUUUUGCAUAAUUACUGAAUAUCUUUCUCGAGGAUCCCUAAGGGCAUUCUUACACAAGCUUGAACACAAAUCCCUUCCUCUACAGAAACUUAUUGCAAUUGCUCUAGAUAUUGCUCGAGGAAUGGAAUACAUUCACUCACAGGGAGUUAUCCACCGAGACUUGAAACCUGAGAACAUUCUUUUUGAUGAAGACUUGUGCGUAAAAAUUGCUGACUUUGGAAUAGCCUGUGAGGAGGCAUAUUGUGAUGUAUUGGCUGAGGACCCUGGAACAUUUCGUUGGAUGGCGCCUGAGAUGAUCAAACACAAGCAUUAUGGAAGGAAAGUAGAUGUUUACAGCUUUGGACUAGUAUUAUGGGAGAUGAUAACAGGAAGAGUCCCGUAUGAGGAUAUGACACCCAUCCAAGCUGCUUUUGCAGUGGUUGAUAAGAACUUGAGGCCUGUGAUUCCUCCCGACUGCCCAGCAGCCUUGCGAGCGUUGGUCGAGCAAUGCUGGGCGCUGCAUCCAGAGAAGAGACCUGAGUUCUGGCAGAUUGUGAAGGUCUUGGAACAGUUUGAAUCUGCUGUCGCUAGAGAUGGCACACUGGACCCGAUUCCAAACUUGACCAGCCAGGAUCAUAAGAAGCGGCUUCUUCAUUGGAUUCUCAAGCUAAAACGUUCGCAUGCCGAUGGCUCACGGCAACUGGUGCCCAAAUUGUUGUAACUACUCCUAAGUUUUGUUGGUUGUUCUCUGUAUUAAGUUUAUUUUUAGAGCCUAACCUUUACAAAAAAAAAGUCUGACAGACGGGUUUUUUUUUAUGCUGCCUCCCUCCUUUUCGUGACUAUUUGUGCCCUUCUGCAUGUACACGUGUUGCCAUGAGUAAACGCUUGUUUACUGGUGGCAGAAUGAAAACAUAUGUAUAGCUAGCUUGCUUCGACUUUUUUUUUAA